AGAGAGAGUGGCGGGGCUAGACGUGGCCCGGCACUGGAGCGACUCGCGCUCCUUCGUCUGACUCGGGGACGCCCAGUGCCUGAGGGGAGCGAGCUCGUGGAACCCGGCUGGGGGUUUCAGGAAGGCCUCGGGGCCAGCGCAGAGCAAGGCCGCCGGGGUCGGAGCGGCCGCUUCCUCCAGAGCUGACAACAUGACUGAAUGGAUGAAGAAAAGCCCAUUAGAAUGGCAAGACUAUGUAUAUAAAGAAGUUAGGGUGACAGCAAGUGAGAAGAAUGAAUAUAAAGGAUGGGUUUUAACAACAGACCCUGUCUCUGCCAAUAUCGUCCUUGUGAAUUUUCUUGAAGAUGGGUCUGUGGCUGUGACUGGCGUCAUGGGACAUGCUGUGCAGACUGUUGAGACUUUGAAUGAAGACAACCAGGAAGUGAAAGAGAAACUGGUGCAUAUGUUCAUGCCAGAGGAGACUAAGACCUACAACCCGGAGGACCUGGAAAAAAGGAAGACCAGCCUCAAGUCCUGGCUAGAGAAGAAUCACAUCCCUAUCACUGAACAGGGGGAAUCGCAGAGUACCCUCUGCGUGGCUGGGGUCCUGACCAUAGAGCCACCCUAUGGACCUGAGGACUGUAGCAGUUCAAAUGAAAUUAUUUUGUCCAGAGUUCAGGAUCUUAUCCGGGGACAUCUUACAGCUCCCCAGUGACACACCAAAACCUGUUGCUCAGCUCACAGAAAGAAAGAUGACUUUUUUUUUUUUUCCUUGGUAAAGGUUACUAAAUACUGAGCUCUUAAUCUUCUGGAGGUCUCUGGGUACAUUCUGUGCUUUUGAAAACCUGUUUGGUUUUCCAGAGAUUCACUUGCCAGUGGAUAAGCUUUUUAUGUUUUGGAUGUAGGAGAAACAGGGGAGGGAGAGGCUCACAGUCUCAGGGAAACUUCUCUUUGUAGAUCCUCUUUUGUGACUUGGAUCCAUAUUCCUCCUUUGUUAGCCAAGAAAUAAUAGGGGGAAAUGUGAUCUGAGCCUAUAGAGAAAGUUGUCACUACAAAGCACAGCCUAUAGAUUCACUCUGCAGGGGGAGGGAGGAUAGGGAGAGGGAAACAUCUACAUCUAUGAUUUCAUGAGUACAUGGAACUUCUUUUCCAUGAUGUAAAGAGGUAACUCUGCAUUGUCAAGUCUUAAGAGAGUUUCCUGCAGACUGAGGGUCUAUAAUGACUGGCUUAAUAUGUGUCAGAGGCAGGACUUAAAUCCAGGUCUUCCAAAUUCUAGGUUUGGCUCUCCAUCAACGGUCAUGCUGUCUAUUCUUUUAUCAUAUUGCUUUAACUUUAUUCACAUUGAAUAUUACUAGUAUUUUUGCCUUUAUUCAUUAUCUAUAUUCUUAGUAUAAUUGUCAAAUUAGUUACAAGAUCUGAAAAUAUUCUUAGAUUGAGACUUCUCGCCUUGGAUUGGCCAUUAGGAAAAUCUACUGUGUUGACUUAAAAUUCUAGAAUUGUUAGUGCCCUUAAACUCUACAGUCAGAGUCACUGGUUAAUAACAAGAGUGGAAAUUACUGUCAAAGGAGAGUAAGAACUUGAGUCUAAGAAAAAAGUCUUUGGAAAUUAUCUUCAUUAUCAAACUUUAUUGGGGCCUAUGUAAAGAUUUCUGGUAGAGGUCACUAAUGCCUAGCCUGGUGAGGAGGCCGGGGGAGGUAGGGGGAGGGUGGUAGGUAGCUUUUUAUGUUUAUAGAUUAAUAAACUGAAGACAUCAUUUCCUAGCAACUACUGAGUAGUUAGGUGGCUUUAAUAAUCUAUUUGCAAAUAAAACUUGAGGGUCCCAGGAUGAAUGAACUGACUUUACCUUGGAAAGCUGCUUGACUGGAGAAUCAAAGUCAGAUCAAUGCUGAAGAUAAUUUCUUUAGGAUUAUUCUCACUUGACUGUCCAUUUUCAGGAACAUCCUGGGAUCUUCCUUUUCCCCUAUUUUCUCUUAUUUACAAAAAGUUAGUGGCUCUCAUAUAAAUAAUCAGUUCUCAGUAUCAUGGUUGUCUUUGAAUAUUCUUGUGUGGUGAGAGAGUGUUGAAUGACCUGCAGAACCUCUUGUAAGUCAAAGUUUUUAUGAUGCAUACAAGAAGAAAGUCUUUAUUCAUUAUUCCUAUAUCAUCCCUUCCCAGUGAUUCUUUCUGUGGCUCCUUUAAACCAGUGAUUUUCAACUUAAAAGUUUUGACAAGAUCUUGCAUUUUCUGUUGUUCCUUUUCUAAAAUGCCAUGUAUUUUAAAAAGUGAAAGUGAAUUAAAAUAUAUUUUGUUUUAAAAUUUU